GACAGCAGCAACAUUUAGACUUUAUUUGGUGCUUGAUCAUGAAUGCAUUACACAGAUAAGUUGCUUAGGCUAUGUAGAUUCAGGUUUAAUCUUUCUUUUUUCAACCACUUUGCAUUGACGAUAAACGAAAUGUGAUAGAUUGAGGGAACAAAACUGACCUCGACCCACUCACAUCUUGAAUGAAGAUAUCUUACAGCUUGGAGGCAUGGAGAAAUUAUCAGCCACUUGCAUAGUAAUUUAUAUGAGGUACUUAUAUACUGUGCUUGAAGAGUUAGACAUGGUAGGCUCUGUUACUUUUGUUGAUCCUGCUGUAAUCUCUGCUCCAUGGUGUGGGACAAGUUUUGUAAGAUCCCGUAAGCUAGCAGACCGAUUCAAAGGAGCACAAAGUGAUCAGAUGUUCUUUAUCCCUUACAACUCCGGUGAUCAUUGGAUGUUAACGAUUGUCCAUCCAGUGAAGGAGACGAUCUAUUUUGUUGACUCAUUUUAUCAGAGCAUAAUUGAUAGUGAAUGGAAACAUGUUGUGAAUGAUGCAAUUAAUAUAUUCAAUCGGCAAAGGAAUAAGCAAGGACGUAAAACUCCACUAUGGAAAGUCCUGAUGGUAUGUUUUAAUUUAGAAUAUGCCUUAUUAAAUGAAAUUCAGAUGUGUUGAUUUUGGGGUAUUAAUAGAUUCCUGUUACACGUCCUCUAGGGUGCUCUAAAACAACCGACAAACAAAGAAUGUGGCUAUUACAUCAUGCGCUUUAAGAGGGACCUAAUCCUUGAAGAUAUUCAAGGUGUACUAGCUAAGGUAUAUUCAUUAUUUAAGUUAUUCAACGUUUGCUAGCAUGAUCAUUUGGUAGCUUCAAUUGGUUGCUUGGCCUGGAUUGGUACUCCAUCUUGCUGCAUUAUGUCCUUAAAAGAAAUUUAGUUUAGCUUCAAGGUUUUUAGUUUGAGAUUGUAACUUAUGGCAUGACUUGAUUGUUUUUUAGGUAACUAUUGCAU